AACAAAAUUCUUUAUAUGGCUCAUGUCUGACAACAUGCACCACCAGUGGCUGCUGCUAGCUGCAUGCUUUUGGGUGAUAUUCAUGUUCAUGGUUGCUAGCAAGUUUAUCACAUUGACUUUUAAGGACCCAGAUGGCUAUGGUGCCAAGCAAGAGCCAUUAAUACUGACAGCUGUGACAAAAGUGGAGGAGGUACGUGGGCCAGAGGAAAAACACUGGCCUGAAGAUUUUCAGUCAACUGGAAAAGCUUUUUCUGGAAAUCUGAUACGCCAACACCUGGUUCAUAUGGAAAGACUUGAGCUUCUCAGGAAUGUCUGCAGAGACACUGCAUUGAGAAAUCUCUCUCACACUGCUGUUUCCAAGUUCGUCCUGGAUCGAAUAUUUGUGUGUGACAAGCACAAGAUCCUGUUCUGUCAGACACCAAAAGUGGGCAACACUCAGUGGAAAAAAGUCUUGAUUGUUUUAAAUGGGGCGUAUUCUUCCAUAGAGGAGAUCCCGGAACACAUUGUACACGACCACGAGAAGAACGGCCUUCCGCGCUUGUCCUCCUUCACGGACGCCGAAAUUAAGGAACGACUGAAUUUAUACUUCAAGUUUUUUAUUGUUAGAGAUCCGUUUGAAAGACUUAUUUCUGCAUUUAAGGACAAGUUUGUGCACAAUCCUCGAUUUGAGCCUUGGUACCGGCAUGAAAUUGCUCCUGGCAUCAUUCGUAAAUACAGAAAGAACCGCACAGAGACCCGAGGGCUGCAGUUCGAGGACUUUGUGCGCUAUCUGGGUGACCCGAAUCACCGGUGGCUGGAUGUUCAGUUUGGCGAUCACAUCAUCCACUGGGUCACGUACGUGGAGCUGUGUGCCCCCUGCGAAAUCACAUACAGCGUGAUUGGGCACCACGAAACCCUCGAGGAGGACGCUCCGUAUAUCUUGAAAGCAGCCGGCAUAGACCACCUGGUGUCGUACCCCACGAUUCCGCCCGGGAUAACGGUGUACAACAAAACAAAAGUGGAGCGGUAUUUUUCAGGAAUUAGCAAGAGAGACAUAAGACGCCUCUACGCUCGGUUUGAAGGUGAUUUUAAACUCUUUGGCUAUCGGGAGCCCGAUUUCUUGUUAAACUGAUGCCUAGAAUAAGCUCUGGAGACGUAUCCGAUGGAUUAAACUAAACCCACAUGAAUACCAGCUGCAACACUGACAGAGCUAAGAACGACCAUUUGUUUUCUAGCUUUUUGAUGUUGCUCCAUCUUCCAGUGAUAUUUGUCGUAUGAACAAUUAGGGGCUUAUAGUUGUUGUUUACUGAUCAUAUUUUCAAUGUGUGGCAUUGAAAUCUGUUAAGAGUGAAAUAUGUUAUCUAAAAUACAGAAUUCUACUUAUUCUCUCUUCCCUCCAG